GAAAAAAAAAACAUGGCUUCUUGCACUGGUCUACUGGAAUAUUCAUUCUGAGAGCUGUUCUCUUGCUGGAAGUAACGGAGAUAAGAAAGUGAUGGUUGCAUGACUUGGUGCUUCACAUGGCGUUCAUGUCCAGAUUCUCUGGGAGCAGCUCAAGGUCUCCGAACAGAAAGGAUUGUGACCACAGCUCGCCAGUCCUGACUGUGUUUGAGCUCGAGAGGUUACUGUACACCGGGAAAACCGCUUGUAACCAUGCCGACGAAGUGUGGCCCAGCUUGUAUAUUGGUGACCAGGAUAUCGCUGCGGACCGUUGUGAGCUAACAAAACUGAGGAUUACUCACAUCCUGAACUGUGCCCACAGUAAGUGGAGAGGUGGGGCAGAGUAUUAUGAUGGCAUGAACAUAACCUACCAUGGGAUUGAAGCACACGAUUCACCCACGUUUGACAUGAGUGUCAAUUUCUACCCGGCUUCGGAAUUCAUUCAUAAAGCACUGUCCAGUAGAGGACGUAUUCUGGUUCACUGUGCUGUUGGGGUGAGCAGAUCUGCCACCCUGGUCCUGGCUUACCUUAUGAUCCACCAUACCAUGACGCUGGUGGAGGCCAUCAAGACAGUGAAGGAACACCGCGGCAUCAUCCCCAACCGGGGCUUCCUGCGGCAGCUAUCAGGGCUCGAUGGGGUCCUGAGAGCGAGUCGCAAGACUUGAGGAGCCAGAGUACGAACACACUGCAAAAAACAUUAUCUUGAUAUGCAAAAAAACCACAAUGAUCUUGAAAAAGAAACAUGACUCAUAUUUUAAUUAUGCGCUUCUUAUAGUUUUAAAAGUUCCAAACUGUGAUAAUUGUAAGCAAUUUUUUGAAUGCUGAAACUGUAUCUUUUUCACAGUUAUUUGUUGUGGUAUAUGGUUUUUAAAAGCUGCUAAAAUUCAAAUGUAAUUCAAAGUUAGUUUCUUAUACCUUAUAUAACAUUUUAUUUUUGUGUGGCAGAAUGCUGAUUUGAGUUUUAAGGCAAUUCAGUUCAUAAAUCAUUAAAAUAAGAUUAUCUUUGAUCAUUUUAAAGACAAAAAUACACUGUACUAAGAGACUCAUGUACCAUUGGACAUGUUGUUUUUGUAACUUUUGUACUCAAAAGGGACUUAUUUUAAAUUGUGUUUCAAUCUGGUGAAGAACAGAUCUCAAAUCAAUAAAGAAGAUAUCAAGAUAAUAUUUUUGUUGUGGGUUCCUGUCAAAGGCAGUAAAACAUGAAAAGGCAUCUCUAGCAAAUGUAGCAAUUGUAGUUCAGCUUUAGGAGCUGAAUAGUAUCCAGUGAUCAUAUUUGUAGUUAGAGAAGUAUAACAGCAUUAUUAUCCCUACAGCUGUGAACAGUUUCAAAGUUUAAUCCAGGCAUCUGCUGACUAUGGAUAAUACUGGAACUGGGCAGCAUUCAAGCAGACUGGAGGAGUGUGAGCCACGAAAAGCCCCUUUUCCAUUUUCAGCUUUGGCUACCAUGGCUCCAGUUCACUUGGUGUCUGUUCUCCAUUUUCACUAAUGUUUCUAUCUGGACCAGGACACUGUAAAACCACAUUUCAUCGUGCUCACAAAUCUAAUUGGGGCUACAGGCAUUGGUAUCAAUCUGCAUCUGGACAUUAGAGUAACUUGGUACAGGUGUGAACAGUUAUUGUAACUAAUGUACUCUAUUUCUUCCAGUUUUAGUCAUCAUAUCUUGGUACUAACACCAGAGUAUAACAACCAUGCAGCACUUUGCACCAACUAAAUGUACAUUAUGUGGUAUUUCUUACUGAUGUUUUUUUUAGUGUUGCAGGGAGACAGAUUAAUGGCUACACGAUGGUGUAUCAGCUGAACUUAGAGAAGACUUGUUUGAGAGUCCUUCAAGCUUUAAACAGUCACCAAGAUGUGAUGACCGAAACAGAAAAUGAUAUAAAAAGCGAUUCUAAACAAGAGGAAUGCAUUUGUUAAGAUAACUGAUAUUUCAUACCUGUACCGUUUUAGCAGUUUACUUUCAGUUGUAAAUGCAGACAAAAAUAAGGGGUGAAAAUGUAGUAUCAUACAAGUCCAGAGUCUAAAAUCCAAUUCAGAUUCAGAGGAUCUGUUUUUUAAGAAAAAAAUUUCACUUCCAUUUUUAUAUAUCCUAAACACAAAAGCUGCACAUUACUGCACCCUUGUGACACUUGUUUACCUACCUGUUUACACCCUCUUCACUACUGAUAUCUUACCAAGACCGGUGAUUGCACCUUUAGGAAAGCACCAAUAAAAACCUAUAGGAAUUGAAUCAGAAUUGGAACCAAAGCUCACAGAUCCCAAUGGAUAAUAAGAUCUAUAAUAAGCAUCUGGUUACUGCCAUCACCUAUGCUAUCUGCAUAGAUGUUACCUUGUUCCACUUAUUCAACCCUUUAUUGAGUAUACCUUUUCUAUGUUCUUUUCUACUGUCCAGAGCCCAUAUUAUAUUUAUCAAAGCUGUUUACUAAUACAUCUGAUAUAAGCUUGAUCACUUCUGCAUUACAAAAGUGAUCCAUCAUAAACCAAAACACAGUUCUAAAAAGUAUUGCUCCUGAGAGGCAUAGGCCUGAGUAGUGUAAUUCAAAUCAGAAUCAAUGAUAAUCAGCAGAUAUUUUUCUUCAGGAAUGAUUUUUUCUGAAAUAAUUCUGUUUCUUUUCUACAUUUUUUACUGCCAGUCUUGCACUUCUCCUUCAAACUCUUUAUUGAAACUCUUGAUUCUAGAAUGGAAAGCCCUGAGAGCAAGAGCAGAGAAAUAUUGAACAGAAAAACUACAAUUCCUAUGGUGCUUUAUUGCAUCAGUCACAUUGGGUGCGUUAAGUAACUGAGUGGCUCAGAGUAAGAAUUCAGAUCCUGGUAUUUUAGAUCUUACUUUUGCUGGGUACUUUGUUACAAAACCUUGAUAGUAUAUGGGGUUUAUAACAAUUAGAAUGUACUUUGAAGUAAAUAGGAUAUUUUGUGAAUGACGUACAGUGUAUUACAGAUAUACAGUGGUGCUCAUAGGUAUUGGCUGUGUACGGAAGCUCUCAAAGUCCACACACUUCUAAAUUAAAAUAAUGGAAGCAUAGAGAUACAUCCUUUAUGGUUUUGCAUGAACAUCUAUUUUAAAAAUAUAUCUGUUAAGUAGAGUAAAUCAAUCUCCCAGUUUGCAAGAGUGCAAAGAAGAGCAACCAAAAUUAUUCUGGGUUUAAAAGGCAUGUCGUAUGCAGACAGGCUAAAAGAAUUGAAUCUAUUCAGUCUUGAACAAAGAAGACUAUGCUGUGCUCUGAUUCAAACAAACUCAACAAUACAUAUUUGCCAUAAAACUGCACACACAACUAGAUAGCAAAUGGACUUGCGCAAGAGGUAAGAUUUCUGCAAUAAUUUCAAUAAGUCAAUCCCCUUUAGGUAGUAGUGUGUGUGCAAAUACUUACACGCUCCACUGUAUGCAGCAAAAGUAGACGUGUUACAUUUUAUGGUUAUUAAUAAAGAUGUUUUGUGCCGCAUCAGGAUAACAUUUUCUGUUUCAAGAACCUAUUUCUACAUUUUAUUUUCCCAUUAUAAUAAUAACCUUUGUAGAGGCUAUACUGGAAUUAUUUAUACCGAUCAUAGUAUCCUUUUUAUAUCGCAGAACUUGAUAACAGCAACAUCCUUUAGAUAUCAAAUGCCUUAACCACAACCCAUAUAUUUAUAGAUUUUAAUAUUAGUCCAAAUGGUCUUAAAUGAACCCAUACAGCUCCACUUCUAUUGAAAUUGGACCAUUUGUUACCCACAGCACAUUUAUUUAUUAUUGUUUUUUAUGCUUUUUAUACAUUUAAGUCAUGUACUAUUAAAUAUGUAUCUAAUAAACAUGUAGAUUCAA